CUCAUUAACUUUCCAAGUUCCAAUUUUAAAUACCUAAAUGAUUGUCACUGUGCACUGUGUUAAUCAUGUUAAAUGCAACAGUUCACUACACCUUUUGAGUCACACACGGCGUAUGAGUAACGGAAACACUUGCUCAUGGAAUUCUCGAUUCGAAUUUAACUCAGUGGCAGUCUGUCACAGCAAGAUCAUUAAAUAUCUUACACUCUUGUCCCAUUUUUCAGUUUUGAUUGUAAUUUUUUUUUUUUUCGGCCGCCCGAGUAGAAGGCCAAUUUGGCAGCAAACAAAUCCCAAACCAAAUUUCCAUUUCUACCAGACAAGAUGUCACUUGGCUCUAGUUCUGCCCACUUUUGUCGGGCAGUCGAGUUUUCCGAACAAUCGAAGCGACAGCAACAAGAAAGGAAAAAGUACCGCUGGCAUCCUGGCGGCCCUGGCCGGCGUCUAUGAGCUGGACAAGUUCAACGAGGGCUCCGCGGAGCAUCUGGAGAAGUUCGUCCAACUGGGCAUGGCCGGUGCUCUGAUCUUCGCUGGACUCGUCGGCUGUCUGGGCGCCAUCCUCGGUUCCAUCAAGGUGAUGGUGGUGAACCUGAUUGUGCUGCUGAUUCUGAUAGCCGCGCACAUCUGGAAGGUGUCGCACUACAACGAGACCAAGCAGCUGGACGCCACUGAGGUGUACGUGAUGGAUCUCUGGAUGAAGGAGCUGGUCCACCAUGGCGCCAUGCAUCACCUGCAGCAGGAGUACGAGUGCUGUGGCGACAAGGGCUAUUCCGACUACACCAGCCUCAACAUGAAGGUGCCGCGCAGCUGCUUCCACACCAAGGAUGGCAUCCACGCCCUGUAUCCCUACGCGGAGGGCUGCAUGGCUGCCGUCCAGCGAUCCUACCUGCAGAUCUACCGAUUCGAGAAGUGGAUCCACUGCGGACUCAUUGGCUACGAGGUCGUAGGCAUCAUCUUGGGCAUCACCUUGUGCUGCCAACUGACCAAUAAAACUCGUCGUUACACCUACUGAUUACCAAUGACUUUUGUACAAAAGCAAAAUCCCUAGGCAAAUAAGAAACGUAUAUAUAAAAAAAGAGAUAUUAAAUGUAGAUCGAUUGAAUCUUAAA